AACCUCGUUGUCUGAUUGUGAACUCUCAACCCGUUGGUCGGGAAAUGUCAAAGAGAGGCCCGUGCUGCAGCAGGGGGCGUAAAGGGGAAAAAACAACAACAGUUUAUUGCUUUAUUUUCACGUAAUUUAUUUUCCUUUCUUAUUAAGCAAGUGUCAUAUCCAAUAGCAUCAGAAACCGACUCCUAGCUGACCAACUCUCGCAGCCGCCGUUGACAACAAUUUGCAGCCUUGAUCGUUCCCGUUUCGUAUAGCCAGCCUAACAAUCCUUGCCAAACAUGAGGGAGAAAAUACUGCUCCUGUUGAAGAUUUCCAUCAAACCUACUAUCUCUCUCGCAACCAUGACACCCAGCAGAGGACUCUGGGAUUGAUGCUGGGAUCACUCCCACUGAUGGCCUGGACUAGGUUUCAGCUGUCCUGCUGAAGCUAUGGGGAGCUGUUGGAGCUGUCUAUACAGAGACCCCAUCCAAGACAACCAUCUCACCAAAUUCAAGGUAACCAAUGUGGAUGACGAGGGGAAUGAGUUGGGCUCUGGGACCAUGGAGCUCACCGAGACCGAGCUCAUCCUGCACACGCGCAAGAGGGACGCCAUCCGGUGGCCCUACCUGUGUCUGCGGCGCUACGGCUACGACUCCAACCUCUUCUCAUUCGAGAGUGGCCGGCGCUGCCAGACUGGACAGGGAAUCUUUGCGUUUAAAUGUUCUCGUGCGGAGGAGAUCUUCAACCUCCUCCAGGAGCUGAUGCAGUGCAACAGUAUCAAUGUGGUGGAGGAGCCUAUGAUCAUGACCGGCAGCGGACACGCACGAGAGAUAGACAUGCCUCGCACCCCACAGACACCCAACACUCCAGCAUUCCCCGUCCAGGGUUUUCCCAACGGGUACCCGGGGUAUCCCAUGAGAGCUGAAUCCUCCCAGCCCUCUCUAACUGACGACCCCCACGGCCACAGCCACAUGGGCCUGGAGGACCAGGCUCACACCUAUGUGAAUACUGUUACUGUGGAUGGGGAACUCUCCAGUCGACACUGUGUACACUCCCUACCCGAGGUGCGACCCACUUCCUUCCCUGAGUCAACCCGGGGAGCCAUGCCUGUCGUGGGCCAAGGAGGUGGGCAGACCAGCAUGCACUGUUGUCCACUCGAGGAACAACGCAAGGAACCCCAGGUAUUCCUUCAGCCUUCCUCUCAGGAGGUGAAAUUCAUGCUGGGACCCACCCCUGCACAGCGCCACCUGCUGGAGAGAGAGAGGGAGAGGCACGGGGGCCACAAUCCACACGCCAUGCGGCCUGUAGAGGGCGCCACAGGUUCAGAGACAGAGGGGGACGAGCCUCCUCUGCACGUGUACAACUCCCACUCCUAUCACCACCCUCACUACCACCACGUGAUGCACCGGCACCCUGGCCACGAACACCAGGAGGGCUGCCAGCUCACCUACGAGAAUAUCAACGGCCUGAGGGGGGGCCGCCGGCUGAGACUCAGCCCCAGCAGCAUGUCCCAGUCUGUGGGCUCCAGCAGCAGCAGCAGCACCACCGGAGACAGUCACUCUCACCCACAAUCACACCCCCUCAACCCGCACCCCCACGGCCCAUCUUCUUUGCCCCCCCAGGGGUACCCCUGUGAGCGGGGCGCGGGGAUGGGCGGUGGUCACCGGCGGACAGCUCUGCUCAAUUACGAGAACCUGCCGUCGCUGCCCCCGGUGUGGGAGUACCGUGCCCUGCAGAGAGACGAGGAGCAGGACGAGGAUGACGAGGAGCAGGAUGAGGAGGAGUACGAGGAAGAGGAGGAGGACUUUGACGAGUACGAGUUUUCGGAGGGUCCAGGGACGCCCAACGGGUACCACCAGGAAGGGCUUGGGAGGGGGGGGAUCCACCGUGACGCCCUGCAGAACUAUGUCAACACAGAACAGGUCCAGGUUCAGGUCCAGCCCAGUCGGCUGCGACAUGCCUGCCCCCCUCAACCCCAGCACCUCCAGCCCUGCCACCGCCAGCCGGAUCGGGGCGGCCGAAUAUUCAGCUUUGAUUUCCGUAGGCGGCCUGGAGGAGGGUUUGGUCGGGGGGAGGGCUGCGAGCACAGUCACAUGCCCCCGUCGAGGCAGCUCAACUACAUCCAGGUGGACCUCGAUGCGGAGCCGCCGUGCCAGGCCCUCGGGGGGGGUGGAGGAGGGGGAGCCCAGUCUCAGCCUCAGCCACAGCACCAGCGCCUGCCACCCCUCAAAUGUGGCCCCCAGCAGGCCCCACGGCGCAGUGAGUUCUACGCUGUGAUUGACCUGAAGAAGACAGCAGCCAUGUCCAACCUGCAGAAAGCCCUCCCCCGGGACGAUGGGACAUCGAGAAAGACUCGCCACAACAGCACAGACCUGCCUCUGUAGAUGCAGUGAGGAGGAGGAGAGACGGAGAAAGAUGAAGGGAGGGAGUAGAGAGAGAGAGAGAGAAACAGGUUUGGGUGGAGCGCUUGGCUGGACAGACAGGUAUAGGCAACUCAGCAGCACACUGGACCCCUCACUCUCAUCCAGCCACCUGCCUGUUCUGUCCUGUCCUGGCCAGCUGGAUCAUAUACAGGUACCUAAUUAGAAAACGAACUAAAACCUAUCUGUGCAUAUUCCACUUUAUGGAGCAAGAUUGGUUUGAAGUUGCCAUAUUAUUGUGGGUCACCUUCUGACUGUGGUGAGAUGCUAUCUGAGUUAGCAGCAGAAACCUUGGUCGUGGUUGGCUGGGUUUAUGGUUAAACCCUUAAGCUACCAUUGUUUUUGGUUAUACCGUUUGGCAAUGUUCUUUUUUUUGUUGCUUUGUGUUGGUUGAGUGCCAAGGCCCCGGGUUUGGUUCAGGGUGGGAGCAGGAAUGGACGAGUCAGGUCUCCAACUUUGUGUUUGACCAGUGAUGGUUGAUUUUAGAUGUAAGAGUAUUGCCCAUCAUAAAGUAGCUAGGUUCCUCAUUCUGUUAUCAUUCAGUGUUGUUGUUUUAUUUAUUUUACGUCCCCGUUUACGAACAUGGGCUACUAUCGAGUUCAGGUUUACUAGUCUACAUUGUAAAAUUGACUGAACAUUUUCUGACAUGAAAACAGUUUGUUAUUCCCCCAAUUGAAUUAUAAUAAUGUGCAUUCUUCACCUCACAAGCACUUCUUCUGACCCCGUGACUGAUAGAAAGGACAGUUGAUGAUAUUUAUUUAUAACUAUCUGCCCUCAGGAAUUAGUACAGAUCAGUACAGUUUGCACAUUAUCCUUUGGAAUUGUAAUCUUACAUCCUAUUCAGUAUUAUAUUUUUAGUCAAAAAAAAAAAAGACCCCAAAGCAGAAUUUUUUUUUGGACUAUAUUUUCUCUCUUAAUCCAAGAUUAAAUAUCAUACAUUUUUCAUGUUGAAAUUGAAUCUAAAAUGGAAAUAAUAGUAACCUUGAUAAUAUGAUACAGUCACAGUCUGUUGAUAGAUUUUCAACAUCCGCACGCACACACACACACACACACACACACACACACACACACACACACACACACACACACACACACACGCGCACGACACAACUAUUGAGACGAUUGAAUUCAUCUCUGACUCCAUAUCCAUUCCACUUGAAUAGGAAUCCAUAUCUAAUUCCUAAACUAUGGUUACCUUUGCACUUUUUACCUUUGAAGUCCCCACAGUUCCGAAUCCCUCAUCUGGAGUAACAGAAAGGUUGUGAUCUGACAAAACUCCUUCGAGAUGGUGAUGUCAUCACACAGACCCAAAUAUUGUAUGGAUGUAUUUUUUUUUGCAACAUUAUAGAGACCUAUAGCAACUUACAUUUUUUAGAGAAGAAGUUGAUAACCUGUGAUAAUGGCUUAAAGAUAUUAAUAAUAACCUCAUAUAAAAAUUACCGGUUUACUAUUUUAGUAAGUAUCAGAUUGAUAACUGAGGGUUAUCAACUGAGGGUCUGUUUUAAAGGGGAAUAUAUCAUUAUGUUUUAAUGUUAACUGUUUAUGGAAAGUCUUAUAUCAUUGAGCAUUUGGCUGAGGAUAUUAUUUAUUUAUUUAUUCAUUGAGAUGUCUAUAUGGUGAUUGUUUUGCAUAAAAAUGUGACAAACAGUUUUUUGUAAUCUAGCCAGUUGGUGAUUUGGAGACCAAAGUAUCACCAGUCAUCGUCACACUGUCUGGGACACCAUUGUAAUACCAUUGUUAUGCCUGUAAUUAAUAACAUUACAUUCUGAAGAAGAAAGACUGUAUUAAUAUAUUAAAGUGCCAAAUCUUUACUGUUACCUGUAUGAACAUUAUGAAUCAAAUCUAUGUGCCAUUAGGACGUGUAAUAGAAAACCUGAGGGCUAAGAGGCAAGGAGUUAGCCUACAUGUCAAAAACAAAGGAAAGAGCUUGGAGGUCAAGGGCCGUAUGUAUCAAGAGUAGGAGUGCUGAUCUAGGAUCAGGUCUCCCCUGUCCAUGUAAUCGUAUUCAUUAUGAUCGAAAAAGGCAAAAACAUUCCUACUCUGAGACUCUUGAUACAUACUGAACGGGGUCAGGGUUGAUAUAUUGUUAACCCUUUGUACUCCUCCUCAUGAAUCCAUGUAGCUGGUCCAGGUCAACUGGACAAGAAAGGGCAAGAAAGACACAUUUCACCUCAUAGGCUAGGCUAUACAUUGACAGCCAUAUCGGAGUGAGACAACGGAUUCGUUAUAUCUAUCUAGUCUUCACAACUCCAGUGGUUUUACGCUGCUAUAAGGUAGAAGUUCAGACAGUACGAGGAGGUAGGGAUGGUAGUGGCUAUGCAGGAUUGUUUACCAUAUUGUUUAGUAAAUGGAACUACCAUUUUCGUAUUCACUCAAGAUCACUGCAUCAGGGCUACCAGUAUGAAAAUGUGUUUUCAAUUCAAAGAAGUUUUAAUUUCUCAUUUCUAUGUCUUAUUUCUCUUGGAUUGGUGUGAUCAAUCCACAUGCCAAACAUUGUUUUCAUUACAAUCUGGCUGUCUAAUCUGAAGUAAUGUGGCUGAAGGUGCAGCACAGGCUUAGCAACUGUAAUCCUCAUAACUGCUUAUUUAAUCUGAUGGAAAGAUAUUCGUAGGUCUACUCACUGUUUGUGGACAUUUUUCAGACAGGGAUAUAUCCGUUUGCACACAUAUAUAUUUUCGUGAUACAUUUAAAGGGUGUUUACAUUUCGCAAUAAUGGUUAAAUAGAGAUGUAUUGUUGGAGAUGAGGUUUAUUCAGACCAAUGUGUGCGAGGUUCGAGGCGCGUUGUUAAUGGUUCCACAGGUCUGUUGUAUUUGAUCCCCUGUUUUUAUGUGAAUCAGCAUUGGAACUAAGACCUCUCUCAGGCCUCCUGUUGACAAUAUUAUAACUUUGUUAUUGUAUACAUGCUUAGAUUAGAACGUGAAAAAAAAAAGUAUGUUUCUGUUUUCUUGAUUGUCUUAUACAGCAGAUUUGCGCUUACUCAACACCUGACUUAAUUGUGCCAUAAGUGACUGUUGCCAAGCUUUCUGGACGACGUGUGGCUUUCGAAUGUCGAAGCCUUUUGAAGGGCCAGGUUAGGUGUCAGAAGGCAUACGGCAAACAUCUCUGUGUACUGUGUUUGCACUGAUACAGUGGUUCGGACUGUUUCUAACGGUUUGACGGUUUGUAUAUACAUUAGUCAGUCAUCGUUAUCAAUUUGGUGACACUUAAUUGUAAAGCUACACAGGAAUAGUACCUUAAAAUGUGUUCCUUAUACUAAAGUGUUACCAGAAAUAUUGUCCAGAAAUUACUUUGGGAUUCAUAUCUUGUCAUAUCAAUGUUGUCACUUAGAUUUUCCUUGAAAAGCGACAAAAGAUUAACAAUGAAGGAUUGUCCGGUAACACAUGACUUAUGUUUAAAUAAUAAACCACUUAAUUGAGGCCUAAUGUAUAGCUAAUAAGACACAAUAAAGACCUUAUGAGCUACGUAUAUCCACACUUAUAAACUACAAAUUAGUAGCUAAAAUGUGUACCUUCAAAUAAAGUUUGACCAGAAUUUAAUUCAAACAACAGUUUUUUGCUCUUUUAUGUAAUUUCAUCACAACUGCCUGACCACCACAAGGUGGCGUUUCUUGCUACGAUGCUCGGGAUUAUGAGAAAAUAAGUAAUUUUCCUUCCACAGCCCCUCAAAAUGCCGCUCUAGGUCCAAAAUGCACUUAGUUCCAUAAUAUUACCAAGGUACAAACAAAGUAGCUCAAAAUCUAAGGAAUGUUACAGUGAUUUGGUACUGUAUUUCAAAAUGUUUUUGUUUGUUUGUUCAUUUGUUUAUUUAUUUACCAUUGAAUGCAUGCGUGAUAUCCACUGGUAGGUGACGAUGAUGCAGACAGGGGUCCGUUAUUUUCAUUCAAUCACAUGCUGAGCUAAUGCUCUUCUAGUCCAAUAAGACCAGUGCAAUUGAAACCUGUUGAACCUGUAUGUUAAUGGUGAUAAUAAUGUGUGUUGGUUGAUUGAUAUAAAGGUUGGGUAGGCCAAACUAAA